UGCUCCUACUGGCUGUCUACCUGAGCUUCCUGUGCUGCUGCCACAAGGAGGAGGAUGAGGAUCGCAAAAGGCCGAGGUCCUGCUGCAUCACCUGGGCAGCCAUCACUGCUGGCCUCAUCAGCUGCACCGCAGUUGGCGUGGGUUUCUAUGGAAACAGCGAGACCAAUGACGGCGUGUAUCAGCUGACCUACUCGCUGUACAACGUGAACCACACGCUGAGCGGCGUGGAUAACCUGGUGGGGAACAGCAUGGGCAACAUUCAGAGCGGGUUAAAUCAGCACCUGGAGCGACUGGACGAGAUUUUCGCCACACGUGGUGACUAUGUGCAGACGCUGCGCUUCAUGCAGCAAAUGGCCGACAACAUCAUCCGGCAACUGGUAGGCCUGCCAGACUGGGAAAACGGCAAGGUGGACCUGGCCGAGGCGGCCGAUCAUAUCGCCCGCGCCGAGUACUACAGGUGGCUCACAUACCUGAUACUGCUGAUCCUGGACCUGGUGAUCUGCCUGGUGACCUGCCUGGGACUGGCCAAGCAGUCCCGCUUGCUGCUGACCACGAUGAUGGUGUUCGGCGUCCUGACCUUGAUCCUCAGCUGGGCCUCGCUAGGAGCCGACCUCGCCACAGCCGUGGGCAUCAGUGACUUUUGCGUCUCACCUGACAAGUUCCUCAUGAAUCAGACCAAGGACUUCAUCACCGCCGACAUUACGCACUACUACCUGUACUGUAGCCAGACCCUGCCCAGCCCCUUCCAGCAGGCACUGACCAUAUUCCAGCGGUCGCUGACCACCAUGCAGAUCCAGGUGCAGGGCCUCCUGCAGUUCGCUGUGCCUCUCUUCCCCACAGCAGAGAGGGACCUGCUGAGCAUCCAGUACCUGCUGAAUUCCUCGGAGGCUAGUCUGCACCAGCUCACUGCCCUGCUGGACUGUCGGGGGUUGCACAAGGACUACCUAGAGGCUUUGCUGGGCGUGUGCUACGACGGCGUCGAGGGCCUGCUCUACCUGUGCCUCUUCUCCUUGCUGGCGGCCGGCGCAUCCUGUGCCAUGCUGUGCGUCGUGCCACGGGUCCUCAGACGUAUCGCCGCCCGGGAGCGCGACUAUGACGACAUGGAUGAGGAGGACCCGUUCAACCCGCAAGCACACCGAAUGGCGGCCCGCAACCCCGGCCGCAGCAACCUGCACAGCUUCUGCAGCUACAGCAGCAGCCUGGGCAGCCAGAGCAGCCUGCAGCCGCCCACACAGGCAGCCAGCAACGCACCCGUAUCCGAGUACAUGAACCAAUCAGUGCUCUUCGGGGGGAACCCUCGUUACGAGAAUGUGCCGCUGAUUGGCCGAGGAUCCCCGCCCCCCUCGGUGUACUUUCAGCCUUUUAGCAACGCAUACUCCCCCAGCAUGAGGGCCAACUACUUGUCUAUGACAGAAGACCAAGUCAGACACUUCGGAAAUGACUUACGGGCAUAGACCUACACCCACCUUGCAUCCUCAGCCCCGCCCCCCGUCACUAUCCCCCAAUCACAACCUUCCAGGCUUUGAGAUGGACUGCUGUCUCCCCCAGUGACCUUGGGAAGGAAUUUUCUUGUGAUUCUACCACAGAACAUUCUAGAGCACAAAGUAAAACCUGCAACUGCUGAUAUGCCUUAAUGUCAGCGUUCCACACGUAACACUUUACGGUCUACGGUCUUCCCGGAACCCAGCAAUGGUCACAGUGAUGUGUAAAUUAAUUAAUCUCCUUACAUCUUGCUUCAGACAGUGCAAGGAUGGGGUGUGUCACCUUAAGGUCACCUUAAUCUCCAGUGUGGGGCUCGAAGCUGACAGCUACCUGGUAGCCAUGGUGUCCUCAAACACCGUGGACAAAGUACAUUAGCAGCACAGUUUUUAUUGUCCAAGCCAAAAAAAGCCCAGUGAACAGUUUUAACGCUUUCAGGAACCAUUUUAUUGGCCUUUCAAGCACAUGCAUGAAUUCUCCGUGCUUUGACAGCAUUAGGAAAUCAUUUUUCUCUAAUCUUGAAUAAUAUUCUUCUUGUUUGCAAACGUGUUUCUUUCCAAGCAGUAAAAUGGAAAAAGAUCCACGUGAAUAUAGGCACUGGUGCUAAAUUUCUUUUUGCACAAUAAAAGUUUUCGGCCCUUUCGGACAGAUGUCAAAAACAUCUUUUAAGUGAUAUUUAAUAUACAUGAGAAAGCCAAAAUAAUUAUUCCAGUUUUCCAACUCUGAGUUACAGGGAACGAAUACUAAGCUUUGUUUUUCGGUCUGAGGUAGAAUCUGAGAUUCCUUAGCCCCUUUAUUGGCUUAACAUUUGAAGCAGUCCCAGUGAAAUUUGGUUAUGGGGUUUAAUAUGUGACAUUUCUCCCAUUAGGUAGUUGAUUUGAUUAGAAUUUUUGUAAGUUUGUAAUAAACAGCUCUUUGAAGUUUGUUAUAAAAAGAAAAGUUUACCCAAUAUGGCUGAAGUUAUUGUAAUAACUGAGUAUUAGAAGUUUGAUUACAGAAUCUAUAUGCUGUUAUAUAUAUAUACGCCGUUCCAAGCCACACCAAAACACCCGCAGAGCCAAUAGGAAAAAGCCCAGUCAAAGCCUAUUCGGGGGGGGAGGGGGGCACUGGGCGCUCUGCAGACACUUAGUGUGCUUAUGUCUUGGGCCAGUCCUAAAUAGGAACAAAGGUAACCCCCCACCUGAAGGCUCUUUUGGGGAGGGGUCUUGUGUUUGUAUUGUUUGCCAGAUGCAGCACAAUAAUAUGUCAGCUGCUGGUUGACUGGAGGACCAGACCAGGGUCUUAGACCUUCCAGCUCAGGACCUUAGUGUGGAUGUGAUCAGCACAAUCACCUCCAAAAGAGCAUCUCCCCACACUGGCAGCUUUGGGCAGACCUACCCCCCCCCCCCCCCUCACACACACACACACACACACACACACACACACACACACACACACACCUGUACAGUGCCGUUGUGUCUUACCCUGCAGUUCCGUACGUAAACACAGGCUGGGUGGACACACCCCCAAUAAGGGAUUCUGGGUACCUCCUCAGUCCAUGCACAAAAAUUCCCUGGUAACUCGUUCCCAUUUUUCAGUUCAGGACACCUUAGCAUGACCGUACUCCAAAGUCGAGGGCUGGAUUUGUCUAUCAGCUUUUCCGACGUUCAUAACUUUAAUUUAAAGUUUUAGCGACCUAACUCGAUUUGUGCCAUGCUAACUUGAUGUGCGUGAUGUGUAGUGCACAAGCGGUGUUGUGUGUUGGAAGCUAUUCUGUCACCACUUUACACCAACGCCGUGUCUGGAUAUCAGUACGCCGGGCGCAUAGAGCUCAGACCUUGUUUCCGAGUUUGAUACAGGAUGACUUGAUGCGUGCUUUAUGAAGGUGCGGUGUGCCUGUCUCUUCCUCGCCAAACACCGGGGCCGUCGAUCCAGGGAAGGAACCGGAAAACAGCACUUGUGAUGUUGCCUGAAGAGGACUGUGAAAGCGAGGAGCCGAGACCAUUCUGGGAAACCACAAGUUGCUUCUUUUGGGAAAGAUUGUGCUGAAAAUUGUUUCAUCCCCCGGUGGAAAAACUAUGUUUACUAACACUGUCUUCCAUUGUCUAAACCUGGCCAAGUUCUAUGAAAAUAUGAUCUGGAAAGAAUCCUGAUUUCCGAGUGUUCAUUUACUGAUUACAUUGAUCCGUUUAUUUUUAUUUGUUUUUCUCGUUGCAUGUAACGGUGUUUGAAUAUAGCACUGCCUACAACCACUGAUAAUGGUGCUUUGUGUAUAGCGCCCCUACUGGCUGGGCUUUAAAAAGGUGUUAAGAUACAUUUAAGUAGGAAAUAUGUGUGUGAUUGUAGUCUGCAUUUUGGCACAAAUCAUGUAAUCCUUGAUACUUCAGAUAGAGGAUGUAAUGAAUCAAUAAAUAUUAUUACCUUA